AUGGUCCUUGUUCACAGAGAUUUAACUAGAGUACUCUACACUUUAGCUAAUGAAAGCAUGAAUGGCGGUCAGCAUAAGAUGGGUCUUCUGAGUCAAAGUUCAUUCUUUGCAGGAAAGAUUAAGUACAUCUUAGUAGGCAUCAUGUGUUUCUGCAUUUUGGAGAACACAAAAACAGAUGCCAGGCCAAUUGAGGAUGACGAAGAUCCCUAUAGACAACCUGCCCACAUGCCCUACUGGCCUUUCACAAGCAAUGAUUUUUGGGCAUAUGUGGAGUACUUCCGGACCUUGGGAGCAUACCACCAAAUCCAUGAGAUGGCCAGAACAUUCUUUGCACACUACCCCCUUGGAAAUACUCUUGGAUAUGAUGUCCCAUAUCAUGAGCAGUAG